AUGGAGACCAGGGAGGACAAAUCCCCGCAGCAGAGCCUCAUGGAAGAGGCCGUUUUGAGUGGUUCCACAGUGCUGGAAUCCAAUGGGGAGGAAAAGCGCCAGAGAUCCCACAGGAGGAGCGGCUCCAAACCCAACCCAGGGUGCUCUGAGGAGGAGAGACCCAGUCUGUGCCAGGAAAGUGGACAAAGCUUCAGCCAGAUGUCGGAGCUGGUGGUGAAUGAGCAGCUUCGUGAUGGGGAGAAGCCCUACAAGUGCUUGGAGUGUGGGAAGAGCUUCAGCCGGAGCUCCAACCUGAUCCGCCACCAGAUGAUCCACACUGGGGAAUGGCCCUCCAAGUGUGGGGAAUGUGGGAAGGGCUUCAGGUGCAGCUCUGAGCUCAUCACCCACCAACGCACCCACACCGGGGAGAGGCCCGACGAGUGUCCUGAGUGUCAGAAGGGGUUUCGGAUCAGCUCCCAUCUGAUCCUGCACCAGCGGAUUCACACAGAUGAGAGGCCCUUCCGCUGCCCCGACUGUGGGAAGGGCUUCAAGCAAAACUCACACCUUGUCACCCACCAACGCAUCCACACCAGGGAGAGGCCCUACGAGUGCUCUGAGUGUCAGAAGAGGUUUCACACCAGCUCCCAUCUCCUUCUGCAUGAGCGGAUUCACACCGAGGAGAGGCCCUUCCGCUGCCCUGACUGUGGGAAGGGCUUCAAGCAAAACUCCCACCUCAUCAGCCACCGCCGCAUCCACACCAGGGAGAAGCCCUACGAGUGUCCCCAAUGUGGGAAGAGCUUCUCCAGGAACUCUCACUUGACUGAACACCAAUGGAGGCACCAGUAA